CCGGGUCCUUCCAACCGUCUCUCGUCAGACCCAGCUCAAACCCCUCCAUCCCGGGCGGCCCGGGCGGCGGCGGCGAGCUGCCUUGGCGCCCGGCAGCGCAGGGCAGCAGAACAAGCGGCUACCGCGGCCUGCCCUCAGCGCCUGCAGAGGCGCCGCCCAUCCUCUAAGCUCCAGGAUUCUCAAGUCUUCAAGAAUGGAAGAGCCGGAUUGUCCAGAAGGUUCCGUUUCCGACCGCGGAGGAGAGCGGCAGACGGCUUCCCUGCCGCUGCCGGACGCCUUCCUCGAGUUCCUCAGCGAGAAUGGCCUGGACCCAGCGGUGUACUCAAUGGCAGCCACCAUCCCGCGCUACAUAAGACUAAAACCAGGCAUGGAGUCCCAGAUCACAGAGAUCGAAUCCGAGUUGAAGUGUGUCCUCGAGAAGGUUUCAUGGCUGCCAGGGUUCUAUGCGAUUCCGCCAGAAAUUCAGAUUGCUGGCUCCAAGGCUUAUCAGCAAGGGAAGAUCUAUGGAAUUGAUGCUGCUUCUGGAGCUGCUAUAUUAGCACUUGAUGUUCGACCAGGCGACCAUGUUCUUGACCUCUGUGCUGCUCCAGGUGCAAAGCUUUGCAUGCUUGCAGAUACGCUUGGAACCACUGGUUCUCUGACUGGUGUUGAUGUUGCAAAGCACCGUCUUGCAGCCUGUCGUACAAUGUUGCAGAAGUAUUGUCUUGGUGACCGUACUCGGCUCUUUGUUGCUGAUGGAACUUUGUUUUCCAUUUUACCUGUGAACUCCAGGAUGCAAAGAAUGGAAGGUUCAAUUGGCGUUGAAGAAAAUGGAAGCACAUUCCCAGAAUGGACUUCAAGAAGAUCAUGGAAGGAUCGGCAGAAGACUAAGAAAGCAAAUGCAAAUGGUCCACAGCACCUACUGGCCACUUUGGAACCUGAACUGAUAUACUAUGGUAAACAUUCAGGAUUAGUUGGACUGUGUAAAUCUGAUGUCUUUUGUCCAUCAGUUGAUAAUGAAGCUUGUACAUCUGGCUAUGAUAAGGUCCUAGUGGAUGCGGAGUGUACUCAUGAUGGAUCCAUAAAACACAUUCAGAAAUUUGAAUUCUGGGGAUGGAAAACUCUGGAUCGCCGCAUACUUGAUGCUGGAAGAACCGAGAACCUUCUUCAGCUUCAGUUACAUCUUCUCACAAAUGGUUUUAAACUGUUGAAAACCGGUGGAUCACUUGUAUAUAGUACUUGCAGCUUGACAGUCUCACAAAAUGAGAGUGUGGUUCAGCAAUUCCUUUCAACUCACCCUUCUGCAGAUUUGCAGAAGAUCGAUUUGGCUGAUAAUUGGCCGUGCAGAAGUGGCGGCAUCCCCAAAACACUGCGAUUUGAUCCUGCAGUUUCACAAACCAGUGGUCUUUUUGUUGCCAAGUUCAGUAAACUACCAACUUAAAGCAUUUUCUGGUUUAUCUCCCUGGACCACUCAUGUCCUUUCACUUGUAAAACUGGGUAUUCUUGUCAGCAACUAAAUGACAAUAUAGUACAAGUUGGUUCCCAAUUCCCA